UUCGACUUCACUCGCAUAACAUCUUACCAUUGCAUAGGAUGUGUUGAAUUACAGAACUGAAUAGCCUACAGAAGCCAUUGCGUAGAAACCUGCCCCUCCAAAAAGAGUACGUUAUAUUGUCACUCUGUGGUCAGUAGACUUGUCUCGACAACUUGAACGUUUGGAGUUCGAUAUUCGAUACAGCCUGUGGAUCUCAACUCCCGUUUGCAUUUUGAUUUCCACUAACCAUCACUGCCCAACUCCAUGUGCUACAGGCACGCACUGCCGGAGUGUCGAGGUGUGUGAGGUGUGAUGGCGUCGUGCUCUGAGGCAUGUAACUCAUCUGGAUGUGGGGCAGGGUCCUCAGGCUGUGGGGUAGGUUCUAGCUGUGCCUGUCUGCAGUUUGGGGUGCGUUCCUACCUGCACCAUUUCUACGAGGGGUGCAGCACUGCGUCAGGGUGGGAUAGAGACCCUGAGGGAGACGUCCAGACCUUGAGAUCGCCCCCGAGGUGGAGCUCAGCACUCUGGAAGGUCUCUCUGGCCCUUGGUCUCCUGAUAGUGACCUCUGGUCUGGUCAGUCUGUCCGUGGGUUACUUCGGCCCCUCCAGGAUCGAGUCCUUCGGGGAGGGGGACCUCCUCUUCAUAGACACCCAGGCUGUCAGCUUUAACAGGGGUCUGCAUCACUGCGUGGCGGCCGGGAUCGGUCUCACCUGCCUGGGAACGGGUCUGACCGUGGCGGGCCUCCUUAUCUGGUCCUUCUCUAGGAGCCGAUUGAAAGAGAGGCUAUAUCGGAGAGAGAGUGAGAAGGGAGGGGUGGAGUGUGGAAGGAAAGGAGGGACAGAGGGGGGGGCACAGAGGGAGAUGGGGACGGCUGUUAUGAAGGCCCCUGGAGCAGGGGAGGGGAAGGUGCCUGCCACCCUGUCCAAAGUGGAAACGGUACAGCCAUCAGGAAGAGAAUCCCCAUAGGGUGACCACUGGUUUUACACGGUCUUUAUGUGGUGCACAUGUGUCCUCUUUUAAAAUGAGCUGAACGUUGUCAAAUCACAAAUGUUGAAAUGUCUAUAAGCUAUUUGAAUGGUGGUCACACAUGUUGAAAAGUCUAUAAGCUAUUUGAAUAAUGGUCGCAUAUGUUGAAAAGUCUAUAAGCUAUUUGAAUAAUGGUCGCAUAUGUUGAAAAGUCUAUAAGCUAUUUGAAUAAUGGUCACAUAUGUUGAAAAGUCUAUAAGCUAUUUGAAUAAUGGUCACAUAUGUUGAAAAGUCUAUAAGCUAUUUGAAUAAUGGUCACAUAUGUUGAAAAGUCUAUAAGCUAUUUGAAUAAUGGUCACAUAUGUUGAAAAGUCUAUAAGCUAUUUGAAUGGUGGUCACAUAUGUUGAAAAGUCUAUAAGCUAUUUGAAUAAUGGUCACAUAUGUUGAAAAGUCUAUAAGCUAUUUGAAUGGUGGUCACAUAUGUUGAAAAGUAUAUAAGCUAUUUGAAUAAUGGUCUUGAUAAGGAGUGAUUUGGCAACUCUCAUACAUUUGUUCUUUGAAUUUACUCGUCAAUGAUUUUUUGCAUCGUAUUCCACCUCACUGUUAUAAAAUAUAAGAAAUGUACUUUUCUCAUGUCAUUUUAGAACAAAUAGGAAGACCAAUUUUACUCAAUUCAAUAACACUAAUUCUCCUAAGAGGAAUUUUGUGUUGGGUAAAGCAAUCUGUGUGGAAUUGAAUACAUACAAUGCAUACAUGAAUAUACUGUAUUAUCACAUGAUUUAUAGCGGGUGUGUUUACUCACAUGCGUAAACACUCCCGCCCCAUUGAGCAUCACACCCAUUACCUGUAUUCUUGGUCUCCAGGCAACCUGUAUGUGUUCUAUUUUCACGCACCGAACCAACAACCUUCUCUCUAAUUGGUCAAUUUAUUCCAAGCUCUUAUUGGCCAUCAAUGCAUGUCCCUGUUCUUCAGCUGCACUGAUGUGAACACCUGGACAGGUAGAAGCAAUGUAGGGGAAAGCGUACUGGGAACUUGCUUACACUUGUCCAAUUCUUUUUCAAUGUAGUGUAGAUGAAGGGAAGGAGAGGAGGAAAGGAAACAGCUGAAGACCAUUGAGAUACAGCCUGUGUGAAGUGUCUAAGUUCAACUGUCAUGAUGAAUCUUGUUAACAUUUCAAACGAUCAUGAUGUUGAGUGAAGUGAAUAGAUAUAGUAUACCUGCAUAGUAUAUACCUGUAUAGUAUACCUGCAUAGUAUAUACCUGUAUAGUAUACCUGCAUAGUAUAUACCUGUAUAGUAUACCUGCAUAGUAUAUACCUGUAUAGUAUACCUGCAUGGUAUAUGCCUGUAUAGUAUAUACCUGUAUAGUAUAUGCCUGUAUAGUAUAUACCUGUAUAGUAUACCUGCAUAGUAUAUACCUGCACUGUAUAUACCUGUAUAGUAUAUACCUGCAUAGUAUAUACCUGCACUGUAUAUACCUGUAUAGUAUAUACCUGUAUAGUAUACCUGCAUAGUAUAUACCUGUAUAGUAUAUACCUGUGUAGUAUACCUGUAUAGUAUACCUGCAUAGUACAUACCUGUAUAGUAUACCUGCAUAGUGUAUACCUGCAUAGUAUACCUGUAUGGUAUAUACCUGUAUAGUAUACCUGUAUGGUAUAUACCUGUAUGGUAUAUACCUGUAUGGUGUAUACCUGUAUAGUAUAUCUGCAUGGUACAUACCUGUAUAGCAUAUACCUGUAUGCUGUAUACCUGUAUAGUAUACCUGUAUAGUAUAUACCUGUAUAGUAUACCUGUGUGGUAUUUACCUGUAUGGUAUAUACCUGUAUACCUGUAUAGUAUACCUGUGUGGUAUUUACCUGUAUGGUAUAUACCUGUAUAGUGUAUACCUGUAUAGUAUACCCGUGUGGUAUAUACCUGCAUAGUGUAUUCCUGUAUAGUAUACCUGUGUGGUACAUACCUGCAUAGUGUAUUCCUGUAUAGUAUACCUGCAUAAUAUAUACCUGUAUAGUAUACCUGCAUAGUGUAUACCUGCAUAGUAUACCUGUAUGGUAUAUACCUGUAUAGUAUACCUGUAUGGUAUAUACCUGUAUGGUAUAUACCUGUAUGGUGUAUACCUGUAUAGUAUAUCUGCAUGGUACAUACCUGUAUAGCAUAUACCUGUAUGCUGUAUACCUGUAUAGUAUACCUGUAUAGUAUAUACCUGUAUAGUAUACCUGUGUGGUAUUUACCUGUAUGGUAUAUACCUGUAUACCUGUAUAGUAUACCUGUGUGGUAUUUACCUGUAUGGUAUAUACCUGUAUAGUGUAUACCUGUAUAGUAUACCCGUGUGGUAUAUACCUGCAUAGUGUAUUCCUGUAUAGUAUACCUGUGUGGUACAUACCUGCAUAGUGUAUUCCUGUAUAGUAUACCUGUAUUGUGUAUCCCUGUAUAGUAUACAUGUGUGGUACAUACCUGUAUGGUGUAUACCUGUAUAGUAUACCUGUAUGGUACAUACCUGUAUUGUAUACCUGUAUGGUGUAUACCUGUAUAGUAUACCUGUGUGGUACAUACCUGUAUGGUACAUACCUGUAUAGUAUACCUGUAUGGUACACACCUGUAUGGUAUACCUGUAUGGUACAUACCUGUAUAGUAUACCUGUGUGGUACAUACCUGUAUGGUGUAUACCUGUAUAGUAUACCCCUGUGGUACAUACCUGUAUGGUACAUACCUGUGUGGUAUACCUGUAUGGUGUAUACCUGUAUAGUAUACCUGUAUGGUACAUACCUGUAUAGUAUACCUGUAUGGUGUAUACCUGUAUGGUACAUACCUUAGUGGUGUAUACCUGUAUGAUGUAUACCUGUAUAGUAUACCUGUAUGGUACACACCUGUAUGGUACAUACCUGUGUGGUAUACCUGUAUGGUACAUACCUGUGUGGUAUACUUUUAUGUGAGAAUUGGAGUGGAGCAAACGGUUGUCUGCUGCAUAAACCCCUGAUCUGCAAACUCUA